CCCCGCGACGCCCGGCGCGCUUCCCUCGGGCGGUAGGGGGCGCGCACCGAGUCACCGCGGUGAGCUUGGCUGCUUGUGGGGCCUGUGCGGCCCUGUGUGUUGGGAAGAUGGAGCAAGAAGCCGAGCCCGAGGGGCGGCCCCGACCCCUCUGACCGAGAUCCUGCUGCUUUCGCCGCCAGGACACCCGUCCCUCCUAGGACUAGUGCGUUGGAGCGCCCAGUGCCUGGGCCCCGAGAGUGGAAUGGUCCCCGAGGCCCAGGGCGUCGUGCUUCCGCGCGCCCCGUGAAGGAAACUGGGGACCCUCGAGGGACCCCCGACUCUAACCGCGAAAACCCCGAAUGGUGUGAAGCAGGUGCCUGUCCGGUCGCCAGUUUGAACGUGGCGCGGAGUCUGGGCGGGAUUGGGCCGGUUCCGUGGGCAGGUUGACUCAGCUUUUCCUCUUGAGCUGGUCAAGUUCAGACACGUUCCGAAACUGCUGUAAAAGGAGCUAAGCCCUGACUUGUCUCCAGCUGGGGCUAUUUAAACCAUGGAUUGUCCCAGCUGUGUUCAGUGGCUAUUGGAGGGUGGACCUGUGGGCACGGACGCACACUGCUUUUUCUCUACCGAUCCAGGCAAAUGUGCAAUACCAACAUGUCUGUACCUACUGAUGGUGCUGUAACCACCUCACAGAUUCCAGCUUCGGAACAAGAAACCCUGGUUAGACCAAAGCCAUUGCUUUUGAAGUUAUUAAAGUCUGUUGGUGCACAAAAAGACACUUAUACUAUGAAAGAGGUUCUAUUUUAUCUUGGCCAGUAUAUUAUGAAUAAACGAUUAUAUGAUGAGAAGCAACAACAUAUUGUAUAUUGUUCAAAUGAUCUUCUAGGAGAUUUGUUUGGUGUGCCAAGCUUCUCUGUGAAAGAACACAGGAAAAUAUAUACCAUGAUCUACAGAAACUUGGUAGUAGUCAAUCAGCAGGAAUCAUCAGACUCAGGUACAUCUGUGAGUGAGAGCAGAUGUCAGUUUGAAGGUGGGAGUGAUCAAAAGGACCCUGUGCAAGAGCUACAGGAAGAGAGACCUUCAUCUUCACAUUUGGUUUCUAGACCAUCUACCUCAUCUAGAAGGAGAGCAGUUAGUGAGACAGAAGAAAAUUCAGAUGAAUUAUCUGGUGAACGACAAAGAAAACGCCACAAAUCUGAUAGUAUUUCCCUUUCCUUUGAUGAAAGCCUGGCUCUGUGUGUAAUAAGGGAGAUAUGUUGUGAAAGAAGCAGUAGCAGUGAAUCUACAGGGACGCCAUCGAAUCCGGAUCUGGAUGCUGGUGUAAGUGAACAUUCAAGUGAUUGGUUGGAUCAGGAUUCAGUUUCAGAUCAGUUUAGUGUAGAAUUUGAAGUUGAAUCUCUCGACUCAGAAGAUUAUAGCCUUAGUGAAGAAGCACAAGAACUCUCAGAUGAAGAUGAUGAGGUAUAUCGAGUUACUGUGUAUCAGGCAGGGGAGAGUGAUACAGAUUCAUUUGAAGAAGAUCCUGAAAUUUCCUUAGCUGACUAUUGGAAAUGCACUUCAUGCAAUGAAAUGAAUCCCCCGCUUCCGUCACAUUGUAACAGAUGUUGGGCCCUUCGUGAGAAUUGGCUUCCUGAAGAUAAAGGGAAAGAUAAAGAUAAAGGGGAAAUCUCUGAGAAAGCCAAACUGGAAAACUCAACACAAGCUGAAGAGGGCUUUGAUGUUCCUGAUUGUAAAAAAAUUACAGCGAAUGAUUCCAAAGAGUCGUGUGUUGAGGAAAAUGAUGAUAAAAUUACACAAGCCUCACAAUCACAAGAAAGUGAGGACUAUUCUCAGCCGUCAACUUCUAGUAGCAUUAUUUAUAGCAGCCAAGAAGAUGCAAAAGAGUCUGAAAGGGAAGAAACGCAAGACAAAGAAGAAAGUAUGGAAUCUAGUUUGCCCCUUAAUGCCAUUGAACCUUGUGUGAUUUGUCAAGGUCGACCUAAAAAUGGUUGCAUUGUCCAUGGCAAAACAGGACAUCUUAUGGCCUGCUUUACAUGUGCAAAGAAGCUAAAGAAAAGGAAUAAGCCCUGCCCAGUAUGUAGACAACCAAUUCAAAUGAUUGUGCUAACUUAUUUCCCCUAGUUGCCCUGUGUAUAAGAGAAUUAUAUUCCUAACUAAUUAACCCUAAGGAUUCAGACAGCAUGAAAUUUAUUUACAUAUAUCAAAGGGAGAAAUUGCCUCAAUCCAUGUGGAUUUCUUCUCUUUAGUAUAAUUUACCUACUUUGGUAGUGAAAUAGUAAAUACUUACUUUGAAGAAAAUUUCAUUCUGUGUCUAUUUAAUAUUUGGGUUUUAACAUAAUUUGAAUUGAAUAGCUGAUUCUUUACCACAACCCCAAAUUUUAAAUAAUUUCUACUCUGUCUUAAAUGAGAAUUAUCUAUUUUUUAAAAUAUAUAUAUAUAUAUAUGGCAUUGUGAUGUAACUUAUUUAGUACCUUUCAUGUAAAGGGAAAUUGGUGGAAACAUUUAGUUUUUUGUUUUUUCAUUUUUCUUUUUUUUUGAGACAGAGUCUCACUCGGUUGCCCAGGCUGGAGUGCAGUGGCACAGUCUUACAGUCUCCACCUUCUCAGUUCAAGCAGUCUCCUGCCUCAGCUUCCAGAGCAGUUAGGAUUACAGGCACGAGCCACAAUACCACCUGAUUUUUUUGUGGUUUUAGUAGAGACAGGAUUUCACCAUGUUGACAGCAUGGCCUUUAACUCCUAAACUCAAGUGAUCCACCUGCCUCAGUCUCCCAAAAUGCUGGGAUUAUAGGUGUAAGGCACCGUAACUGGCCCCAAAUUUUAGGUAUUCUUAGACCUUCUGAUCUUUAGUUUCUCUCUCCAAAAUACUUUUUCUAGGUUAAAAAAAAAUUGGCUCUUAUAUUUGGUGCUAUGUAAAUAAAAAUGUGUUACUUUUUUUUUUUCUUUAAGAGUUCUUGUUUUUGCAAUGGAGACAGGGUCUCCUUAUGUUGUCUAGGCUGGUCUUGAGCUCCUGGACUCGAGGGAUCCUCCUGUCUUGGUCUCUGGAAGCGCCAGGUAGGAUUAUAGGUGUAAGCCACCCCACCCGGCUGUAAAAAUGUACUUCUUAUUCUCCAGCCUCUUCUGUAUAAACAACUGAAGUGAGGGAUGGGGGUAAUGAUGCUACCAGUGAAAACAGCUACCAUUUACCCAUAAGACAAAACUUUAAAGCCUCCUGAGUAAAAUAUGGCAUUGUCUUGGGAAUGUAACCUAGUAUAUCAAGCCCUUUUUCACACAAAAAAUCUUUUCAGGAUUUAGUGGAACCUGUUGUUUCCCCUAAGUUGAAAAACAACUGUAGGACACUUCAGGUCCCUUCCUGGGCUGGGUUACUUGGUGCCCAGCCUAGGCUUCAGACUUUUGCUUACGGCCAGUUUCGGAAACCCGUGAAUUCAGAAGGGUCAAUUCAGAAAUUUGAUGAACAGAAUUGUUCAUUUAAAAACUAACUGAAAAGAUUGCAAGUUUUUUCUGAAUUAUCCAGAAAUGAUGCAUCCUUUUCCUUCAAGAAUGACAAGGUCAGAAUGUGGAAUUCCAAGAUACCUCUUGACUCUAGCUCCAUGUUUGGUCAGUGGAAGCCCAUGCGAGCUCAGCAUGUGUACUGAGAAGUGUUAGUGUCUUUUAGAGCCAGUCUACCCUGCUCACAUCAUGGUGUUCAUCUGUAGCUACUGCACGGCGUUCAGAUUGUGUGAAUCCAAAUGUCAUAAAAACUUUAGAAGUGCAAUUCUCGAAAGGUUAGGUGGACUAAAACAUUCAGUAGAGCAACUGAUAAUAACAAGCUUACAGUGGAUAAUUCAUUUGAAUUUGAAAAAUAUAGAAAUGAACCUGUCAAAUACCAGCAAGAACUGAAGAAUAAAAUUACUGAUGUAGCGAAGACAGA